UAUACGGCGCGGCCUCAACGUGAACGGUGGAACGCGAAACCUUUCUAUUUUACCAGAGUUAAAAUUUGAUUUUCGACAGGUUCCCAACCUUCUUUUUUGUACGAGAAAGAUGCCUGCGUGUAGUGUCUAAGUUCCCACUGUGAAAAAAGUUCGUGACGAGCUACUAACGGAUAAUUUGGUGCGAAUUUGAAAGAAAAUGCGGGUCGUUCUAGUCAGCUUAUUGGUGGUGUCAGUCACUUGCCUACCCCAAGGCGCUCCCCCCACCGUGUGUCAGACGCUGAUGCCCUUCCACGGGGGCGGGAUUUCCCCCCAGGGAGGUAUACCGCCCUAUUCGAUCAUCCCGAGAAGACAAGGAGGUAGAGUCGCUAUCACUGUGACCUCGUCGUUGGGGAUCCCAUUUCAGGGCUUCCUGCUUCAAGGGAGGACACCCAGAAGGGAAAUCCUCGGAGAAUUCGACCAGACCACGACACAAGAUGGCCACACUAUACAGUGCGGCGAACCGGCGGAUUCUCUGACUCACAACAAUCCCGGCGAGAAGAAUAGUCUGGACGUCAUCUGGACUCCACCCGACGGAUACGAAGGACCCAUCGUAUUUAAUGCGACCAUAGCCCAAAGUUACGACACGUUCUGGGUCGGUGUUGAGUCUCCACCGGUCGACAUCAGCAGGAGGAGUGUAAUCAACGAUCCCAGUUUCAACAUUCCGAGGCAACCGCCGACCACUACGCCUCAUUAUGCCAGGCCUAUAGCCAAACAAUCGUCGACAGAGUUCGAUCCGUUUUACUCCGGAUGCGCCGUUACCAAACUUUGCUUUGGCGCGCCCGACAAUUGCGUCAUCAACAAAAGUUGCAAAUCGGCAGUGGCAGUUACGGUGUCGGGUGACAGAUACGAGUUCGAACUGAAAGCUGACAACGCCGCAUGGGUGGGCGUCGGAUUGUCCGAUGACGACAAAAUGGGCGACGAUUCAGUCAUCGAAUGCGUCACGAGAAACAAUAGGGUGGAUGCUUACAUGUCAUGGACCAGCGGUCCUCCGAAUAGCUACGGAGCUGCGAGAUUAAGCAACCCUCAGUUAGGUAUUCAAUUGCUGAAUGGCAGCGUCGUCGACGGAGUCCUCUAUUGCAAAAUCAGGCGGGACGCUUACACGAACGUCAAUGGAAAAGUUUUCGACUUGAUAAAUGAGAAGUACAAUCUGCUGAUCGCGUCAGGGUCGAGUGCGACAGCCUCGUCCGUGUCAUUCCACGACCUGUCAUUUUUGGCAAGCGCGCAGAAGCAAUCGCUGUCCGACGUUUCGGCUUUGGCGGCCGCCUCCAAGCUUCUCGUGCGCCUUCACGGGUGUUUCAUGCUGGCUGCCUGGUUGGGCACAGCCUCGGUCGGCAUUUUGUUGGCGAGAUAUUACAGGCAAACGUGGGUCGGCAACCAACUAUGCGGCAAGGAUAUGUGGUUUGCGUGGCACAGGACGUUCAUGAUUCUUACAUGGGCCCUGACGACUGUGGCUUUCGUCUUGAUUUUCGUCGAACUGAAAGCGUGGUCCGCGGAAAAGAACCCGCACGCCAUAUUGGGUACCGUCACCACGAUUUUGUGCUUCAUUCAACCGAUCGGGGCAUACUUUAGACCGCAUCCCGGCACCUCCACCAGACCCGUGUUCAACUGGUUGCACUGGUUGAUCGGAAAUUCCGCUCACAUCAUAGCGAUUGUCACCUUAUUUUUCGCUGUGAGACUCACCAAGGCAGAACUUCCGGAUUUCGUCGAUUGGAUUUUGGUCGCGUACGUGGUCGUCCACGUCAUAAGCCAUUUAGUACUUUCGGUUCUCAACUGCACCGCCGAGAAGUCAUCUGAGCGAAGAGUCACCUCGUUUCCGAUGAAAGAUUUGGGCGCUUCUGGCCGGAAUUCCGGCUACAACGAUCGAAGUCCCGACGCGCCGUUCUCGAACGUCAGGAAAGGGCUCCUAGCUGUGUACAUACUAAUAAUAAUAGCGAUCGUGAUAGCUCUCAUUGUGAUAACGGCUUUGGCGCCCAUCGAGGAGACCUGGACCACUUUGAAGUCUACAGUCAUGGACAAUAACUAGACGUUCAACGUAUUCGAGAAACAGUCGACUGAUGGAGCUGCAGCUCAGCGAAACACGAAAAUUUGACGUUACCACAUAUCGUUCGUUAAGAAAGUUCUAACUAAACUUAGGUGUAGAUGUAAGUCUCACAGAAUAAUUUUUUAGUCGUCUUCUUUUUACAGUUAUAAGAAAGGAAACAACGUUUGUUAACGGGAUUGAAAAUUUCGUGCGGAAAUUUUAUCGGUUUUGGGUUCGAGCUUUCCGAAUUUUGGUGUGCUAGACUAUCAAUUGUUUUUUCAAAAAUAUCAAAGUUAGGUACCUCCGUGAGAUGUAAAAAAAUUUGACAUGUAAUUUUAUUAGAUGUUAUGUAAAUUUUAUUUUGUGAACGAGGUGCGAUCAAAAAAUUAUAUUUUUCAUCCGUUUUAGGUGACUUAAGUAGAAUGUGUUUAAAAUUUGAAUUUUUAAGUCACAAGAUAUGGAUAUCGUUUUAGAACAUUUGGUUUAAAAAAUGAAAAAUGUAAGGUGUUUUUCCCGAUUUUUUUCGUAAUUACUAUAAUUACUUGAAAGAUGACGCGGCAUAGGGAACAAUACAAAAAUAAUAUUUUAAACAACUUUGGCAAUAGUUAUGAAAAAAGUUCAAAACAAAUGUUGGGAUUUCAUAAAAUUUUGAUGUUCAGUACUUCCAAUUUAGAGAGGCUCAUUAUUUAUGAAUUACCCUGUGUAUUCGAUAUUUUGAGUCGCCAUGUCCCUUACGAGGCACUUAUAUCAGAAAUUCUGACUUGUUUCUCAGAAGUUCUUAUUUGCUUCUCAGAAAUUGUGAAUUAAGUCACAAAUUCUGACUUGUCUGAGACAGAUUUUAUUUCCGGUGGGCUUUCAGCUCUUUCGUAUAUAAGAAACAUUAAAAAAACCAAAAAUAUUUUUUUUUUCAAAUUGUCAGGAACAAAUUUUCAUUAUACCAGAGAGAUAGAAUUUCACAGAAUUAUUAAUAAUUUUUUUUAACCCACACAACAUUUUUAUAUUUUGUUUCGGGCUGUUUUCGAAACUCUGAACGUGUUAAAACAGGUAAGGCAAUCGAUGACGUAAGUAUACGAAUGCGCGCGAGAUUGUCAGUACAAAACAUUUGAACGUAUAAAUACGUAUCUUCGUUGAUUCGAUUUUUAACUUAUUUUUACUAGUUGUUUAUCUACAGAUUUAAAGACAUUUGUUUGUAAAUAUAUAAAGUAUUUUCUAACCGUAA